AUGGCUUCUUAUCCAGAUUUCGUCCCUCAAACACCCGAAAGACAUGACCAAGACGAAGACGAUGAUGAAGAAGAAGCACUGUCUCUCUGCGAUCUUCCACUGAACCACAAUACCCAAAAAUGCAACGGUUUAGAUUCAGACGACACGUCGUCCAAGCAGAUCAGUCGUCGGUCUUCGUUAUCAUCAGAGGCCGUGGAUUUCUUCGAAUUCUUCAACGACAACACCAGCUUCGAUAUGUGCUCUGCCGACGACAUCGUUUUCUGCGGGAAGCUCUUCAAUGACACCGACCGAUCUCCUCCCAAGAUCAGCAACAGAAAAGAUCCGAGCAGACCGCCGGUAUACCGCCGGAGAUCAGAGUCUCUGUCCACGUUGCAAUCUGGCGUGACCCGAUCCAACAGUGCCAUCACUUGUGGGAAUAAUUCUCGCCGGUUCAUGAUGAGGAACAGCAGGUCCUUGGAUUACCGCAGACUUCACCGGUCUUCGAGCUCCAUCGUGAUGCCGGCGACGGAAAUUGAGAGGAAUACUUCGGUGAGGAGCGUCGUGCAGUCGGAGAUCGUUGUGAAGAAGGCAAUGAAGCCGCGGUGGUUCUUCCUGUUUUUUGGGCUCGUCAGGGUACCGUCAGAGAUGGAGCUCAGCGACAUUAAGAAUCGGCAAUUUCGCCGAAACCCUUCCACGACAAUGUUUCCGACGGCUGAUGGCAGUGGGAAGCUGGCGGUGAAUCGGAGUUCCGGCAAGGUGUCGUGGAAAAUACUGAAGGCAUUGAGUUGCAAGGACCAUACGAGCGUGUCCGUGACGACGCCGUUUGUGUUGCCGCAGACAACAUAG